AUGGCCUCAUUCAGCACAAUGCGUGUCGAUGCACCCUCGCUAUUCAGUUUACUUAAUCAUGCGAAGUCAAAUAACUUGCUUCCACUACGUGAUUCCGACAAUUUUGUAAUUGGUUCACAAGAUCAAGCCCGCCACCACAAAGAUUCUGUGUUUACCUCGAUUUUCGACCUUGAAGCCGUUUUUUCAAUCUGCAAGCAGCCAGGGCUUGCAUUUGCGCAAAAUAUUACCUCCUUACCCGGUGCAAAGUCUGUCGAGAUGUUAGGAACAAGGCUCAAGCCAAACAAAUUUCAUUGUCACAAUGAUCUCAGUGUCAAACAAGGUAGCUUUGACAAAGUACUCCAUGAUCCUGUAGUAAUUCAAGAGUGUCAAAAUCGUCUGAAGUCAUACGAGCAGAGAUUGAAAAAUUAG